AUGGAACGUCUGAAGCAUAAGAGGGCUGCACGGCGUGCACAAGUAACCAAGCUGGUGAAGGAGGUCGUCGAACUACGCAGCGACCAAACAGUUAGUACAACUUCGCUUAAAGGAUUACUGGCCAGACUGUUAGCUAACGAAGGCGACCUGAAGAAGAUUGAACCUCUGAUCAAGGAAGAUGAUUUCGCUGCCGAAUAUGAAGCAGUUAUCGACUACGAGGAACAAUCGGCGAAUGCCAUUGGAGAAGUCCAGGCCCGAUUGGAUGAACUUCUGCUGACGGAGAGGCCCUCUACAGCCGCCACGCCACUUCAAGCUGCGCCUUCUACUACAGCGAGCCAGCCCAGCCAUGGUGGCAUAAAGUUGCCGAAGCUACAACUUGACACUUUCACAGCUGUUCACGAGAAUGGAAGGCUGUCGAAAAUAGAGAAAUUUCAGUAUCUGAGGACACUGUUGAAAGGAGAUGCUGCAUCGGUGAUUCGAGGUCUGCAAGCCACUGAGUCGUGUUACGACGACGCAGUGGACAUCCUGAAGCAGCGUUUCGGAGAUACCGCACGAAUCGAGAGGGAAUACCUGACCAGGCUGAGGAAGCUACCCUUGGUGAAGUCGACGUGUGAUCUAUUGGGGCUUCGACUUCUCUAUGACCACGUUCAGGCGAACAUGAGAGGACUUAGUGCGUUAGGCGUGCCAAUUACAAGCUAUGCCUCCAUGAUGGUUGACAUCCUUUUGUCAUCACUACCCACAGAUAUGGUUGUGGAAUACCAGCGGAUGGCAAAAUACGGCACAAAAAUACUUGAAGACAACGGAGUCGAUCAAGACGGAUCAGCACUGGAUCGCUCUGAAUCUAACACAGGGAUCGAGGCAAAGGAGCAGAAGGAGCUCUCAAGGGUGCUGCGUUUCAUUCGUGUGGAAAUAGAAAGCCGAGAGCUCUCUGGACUCAAAGCCCGGUAUGAUUCUCAAACUGGUCAACGCAACCCGAUAGGAUCGAGAAACCGAAAGGUACCAACUGGAGCGGUUCUUCAUGCAGCGGUGGGAGUCGAUACCAAGUGUGUCUUCUGCGGAGCUGGCGACCACGAGACCGCAACGUGUCCAGCGGAUUUUCCAAUGCCGGAAAAGUUGGAGAAACUGACACGUCAAAUGCGUUGUUUCCGCUGCACAAAGAGAGGACAUCGCUCUAAAGACUGCCUCUGUGGCACUUCGAAGGAAACUACGCCCAAGACGACAGUCAACGAGGUGGUGACCACGACAAACGUCACGGCAGCGAACGGCGUGCCAAAGAAACAAAAUACGGAAGUGCUACUUCAGACAUUCCGAGCGUGGGCGUCAUCAGAUAAGGAGGGUGCACUUGUCCGAGGCAUUAUCGACGGUGGAAGUCAGAGGACUUUCAUACGCGACGACAUAGCCAGGAAAUUGAAGCUAAGAGUUAUUAGGGAAACUACACUGCAGCUCAACACCUUUGCCAACGAAACCGCGUCGAAACGCGUACGCAGAUGCAAAGUAGUCGAGGUUCGACUCAGGAGUCAGCAUCACCCGAAAGAAUACGUCGUUCAAGCCACCACAAUUGACUUCAUCUGCGAAGAUCUCGCUGAGACUCCCGCGAACGACGACUUCGUGAAGGCUAUUCGCCACACUGGAAGUUUUAUCGCUGACGACAUGCUAGUUCCGGGUGUGAAACAUGAAGGUGGUAUUGGACUGCUAAUUGGCUGCGACGAGUUGUGGAAGUUGCUGACCGGUGAUGUCAGAAGAUGCGAGAACAACGAGAAAUUAGUUGCCAUCGAAACCGUUUUCGGAUGGACCUUUCAAGGGCCGUCUUCAGUAUCAGGCUACUGCGCCGAGCGGUCGACGACAGCCGUCUGCGUGUUGAGAGCUGGAGUUGGAACGCUGACAGAAGACGACAUUCUGACGAAGUUUUGGGAGUUAGAAAGUCUAGGCAUCACGGGCGACGCCUCCAGCAAGACAGAUCACGACACGGCGGUUUUGGAGGAAUUUGAGCGCAACAUUCAGAUGACGGACGGCCGCUAUGAAGUAGCUUUGCCCUGGAAGGCACACAUGUCAGCCCUAGAGAACAACUAUGAGAUAGCGAAGGACAGACUAUGGAGCCUAGUCAGACGGCUAGAUAGAGACGGCUUCAGGGCGCAGUACGACGAAGCGAUCAGAAGCUACAUCAAUAAGGGGCAUGCAGAAAAGGUGACUGAAGACGAUAAUAGCUUCAACACUCGGUACGACAUGCCUCACAGGGCCGUAAUAAGAAACACUUCAGAAACUACGAAAGUCCGGAUAGUUUUUGAUGCGUCGUCCCAUAGCAAAGGGAUGACGUCUCUGAAUGAUCAUCUGGAGAAAGGGCCGAAGUUGAACGCCGACCUGGUAGGCGUUCUAUUGCGGUUUAGAAGACACAAGAUUGCGUUAACGGCAGACAUAGAGAAGGCCUUUCUACAGGUAGAAAUUCGUAAGAACGACAGGGAUGCACUGAGGUUUUUGUGGUUUUCCGAAACUCCAAGACCGAAUGAACAAUGCCCAGACGUGGAAUGCUGGAGGAUGAAGCGAGUGCCAUUCGGGACCACAGCAAGCCCCUUUCUUUUGGGUGCUACACUGCAGCACCACUUCAAAUGCCUUUUGACAUCUGACAGGGAGCUGGCCAGCUUACUAUUGGAGUCGUUCUACGUGGACGACCUCCUUACUGGUGCCCCCACAGUGAAAGAAGCCCUGGAGAUCGUCCAGAAAUCUCAGGACGUGCUGAGACAAGCGGGCAUGAAUUUGACAAAAUGGACAUCUAACGCCGAAGAUUUACAAUCAAUGUUCGAUCGUAAGAGCGGUGCCUUAAUCACCGAAAAGGAAAAGCCGUUUGCAGAACCGGCUCAAAGUAAGGUUCUGGGAGUGGUGUGGACCCGAAGCGAUGAUCAACUGAGGUUUUCCGCAAAUCAACUUCUAAAUGUCAUCGCUGGCAUGCAAGAAACUAAGAGGUCCGUGCUGCAGGCCUCGGCAAGAGUCUUCGACCCGCUAGGCUUUCUUUCACCGUAUACCAUUCGCGUCAAGCUCCUGUUUCAGGAGCUGUGGAAGACAAGGUUGGAUUGGGACGACCCACUCCCGAGCGAUCUGGCAAACUCUUGGCGCUUAUGGUGUUCCGAGCUGCCCAAGCUGUGUAACGUCGCUGUGGACCGGUGUGUGCUGCCGAAGACAGGUACACGAUACUGCUGCGAGCUUCACAUAUUCACGGACGCAUCGCCACACGCGUAUGGAGCAUGUGCAUAUCUGAGAACUGUGAGCGACACGGAAGAAACUAAGGUGCGGCUGGUCUUCGCUAAGUCACGUGUCGCGCCGCUUAAACAGCUCACCCUUCCCCGCCUGGAGUUGAUGGGAGCUUUGAUAGGUGUACGCAUUUCUAAACUGCUACAGUCGUCGUUGAAACUGGCCAAGUGUAAUAUCAACUUCUGGACUGACUCCACGGUCACGCUGAACUGGAUCAGAGGCGACGCGAACAGAUGGAAGCCCUUCGUUCGCAACAGAGUUAUUGAAAUUCAAGAAGGCUGCAACAAGUCUCAGUGGAGGCACUGUCCAGGGAGCGACAAUCCGGCAGACUUGCUAACGAGAGGAUUGCCCGUCACAGCAUUAAUGGGGGACAAACAGUGGUUCGAGGGUCCGCCAUGGCUUUCUAAAAGUGAGGAAUUUUGGCCAAUAUCUACUGAAAAUGGCUGUGGUGACCUCAGCCACAUCGAAGAAGAAAGGAAACGUGGAGCUAUACUGACGACGUACGUCCAAGCAACUGUUCCUGCACUGCUUGACCUCGGAAAGUACAGCGAUUAUCAACGCAUAAUACGGAUCACAGCGUGGAUACUGAGAUUCAUAGAGAACAGCCGUGCGACGUCGAAGGUUACGGGCCCGCUGACAGCUAUGGAAGUUGAGAAGGCUGAGAUGUUCUGGAUUCGGCGGGCGCAAAAUGAAUCAUAUCCGGAGGAGUUCCUCGCUCUCCGACAGAGAAGAGAGAUCGCACAGGGAUCAAAGAUUGCACGAUUACGACCGUACCUAGACGGAAAGGGUGUGAUGCGUCUAUCGGGAAGACUUCAGUACUCGGAUAACCCCGAAGAGGUGAAGCAUCCUAUACUGAUGGCAAAAGAGCACCCACUAUCAGCACUACUGGUCGACAGCGUCCAUCGACGCGGACUACACAGCGGAGUCCAGACAACAUUGAUGAUACUGAGAGAGCGAUGGUGGAUAACUCAAGCGAGGCAGCUAGUCAAAUCUACCCUCUACCGCUGCAAGGUAUGCAGGAGACUCCGUGCGACUAAGGCAACAGCCCCUAUAGCUCCAUUGCCCGUUGAGCGCCUCAACCCAACUCACCCUUUCGACACCACCGGCAUCGACUUUGCUGGGCCUCUGUAUCUCAAGACUAGUUCGGGUUCGGCGAAAGCGUACAUUGCGCUGUUCACUUGCGCCACAACAAGAGCUGUGCACCUCGAACUAGUUACACACUUGACAACCAACUCUUUUGUCAUGGCCUUUCGGAGAUUUAUUUCAAGACGCGGGGCACCUUCUACAAUUUACAGUGAUAACGCGCUCACUUUCAAGAAGGCGGCCCAGGACAUCAAAAAACUGUGGACUGUUGUUAGAAGUACGGAUGCACAAGACUUCGCCGCAAAGAAUCGCAUCAGCUGGAAAUUCAUUGUCGAAAGAGCUGCCUGGUGGGGCGGUCCUCAGCCCUUCAUAGAGUCGCUCUUCGCGAUGCCAUCCACUGGAUUAAAAGUGGUCAUCCCCCGCUGUGGUGGCAUCCUUCGAUCAAUCCAAGGCGUUUGA